GUGUUCCGCUGUGUCCGCUUGCUCAGGAUCUUCAAGGUCACACGUCACUGGCAGUCUCUCAGUAACUUGGUGGCGUCGCUGCUCAACUCCAUGAAGUCCAUCGCCUCCCUGCUGCUCCUGCUCUUCCUCUUCAUCAUCAUCUUCUCCCUGCUGGGCAUGCAGGUGUUCGGGGGCAAGUUCAACUUCGACGAGACGCAGACCAAGAGGAGCACCUUCGAUAACUUCCCCCAGGCACUGCUCACUGUGUUUCAGAUCCUGACGGGUGAAGACUGGAACGCUGUGAUGUAUGAUGGCAUCAUGGCGUACGGCGGCCCUUCUUCCUCGGGGAUGAUCGUUUCCUUCUACUUCAUUAUCCUCUUCAUCUGCGGAAACUACAUCCUGCUGAACGUCUUCUUGGCUAUCGCUGUGGACAACCUGGCAGACGCAGAGUCUCUCAAUGCUCCAGGAGACAAAAAGGAUGAGAAAAAGGAAGAGGCACCAGUAGAGGAGGAAGAGGAGAAUGCUGCAGCAGAAGAGGAGGAGGAGCCAGAGGUUCCAGCAGGGCCACGCCCAGCCAUCUCUGAGCUGGUCAAGAAGGAGAAGAUCACCCCCAUCCCUGACGGCAGCGCUUUCUUCAUCUUCAGCAAGACCAACCCGAUCCGGGUGGGAUGUCAUAGACUCAUCAACCACCACAUCUUCACCAAUCUCAUCCUGGUCUUCAUCAUGCUCAGCUCUGUCUCCCUCGCCGCAGAGGACCCCAUACGCAACUUCUCCGCACGCAACAUCGUCCUAGGCUAUGCAGAUUAUGUCUUCACUAGCAUGUUUACAUUUGAGAUCAUGUUGAAGAUGACCACAUACGGAGCGUUUCUCCAUAAAGGGGCGUUCUGUCGGAACACCUUCAACCUGCUGGAUCUGCUGGUGGUGGGGGUCUCCCUGGUCUCCUUCUGCAUCCAGUCCUCCGCCAUCUCUGUGGUGAAGAUUCUGAGAGUCCUGCGAGUGCUCAGGCCCCUGAGGGCCAUCAACCGAGCCAAGGGCCUCAAGCACGUGGUCCAGUGUGUGUUCGUGGCCAUCAGGACCAUCGGUAACAUCAUGAUCGUCACCACGCUGCUGCAGUUCAUGUUCGCCUGCAUAGGGGUGCAGCUCUUCAAGGGGAAGUUUUACCGCUGCACGGACGAAGCCAAGUCUGGCCCCGACGAUUGCAAGGGCACCUACAUCCUUUAUAAGGACGGGGACGUGAACCAGCCGUUCGUCCAUAAGAGAGUGUGGCACAACAGCGAGUUCAACUUUGACAACGUGCUCAUGGCCAUGAUGGCUCUGUUCACGGUGUCUACCUUCGAGGGCUGGCCUUCGUUACUCUACAAGGCCAUAGACUCGAACAGGGAGAACCUGGGUCCCAUCUACAACUACCGCAUCGAGAUCUCCAUCUUCUUCAUCAUCUACAUCAUCAUCAUCGCCUUCUUCAUGAUGAACAUCUUUGUGGGUUUCGUCAUCGUUACAUUCCAGGAGCAGGGAGAGAAAGAGUACAAGAACUGUGAGCUGGAUAAGAACCAGCGUCAGUGUGUGGAGUAUGCCCUGAAGGCCCAUCCGUUGAGGAGGUACAUCCCUAAGAACCCCUACCAGUAUAAGUUCUGGUACGUGGUCAACUCCACCGGGUUUGAGUACAUCAUGUUCGUCCUCAUCAUGCUCAACACACUCUGCCUGGCUGUGCAGCACUAUGGCCAGUCUGCGACAUUUAACUAUGUGAUGGACAUCCUCAACAUGGUCUUCACUGCUGUUUUCACUGCGGAGAUGGUGCUCAAACUCAUCGCCUUCAAACCCAGGCACUAUUUCACUGAUGCGUGGAACACGUUUGAUGCCUUAAUUGUAGUUGGUAGCGUCGUUGAUAUUGCUAUCACUGAAGUGAACCCAACGGAGGCUCCUCAGGUGGAUGAGUCGGGGAACACAGAGGACAACGCUCGCAUCUCCAUCACCUUCUUCCGCCUCUUCCGAGUCAUGCGAUUGGUCAAACUGCUGAGCAGAGGGGAGGGGAUCCGCACCCUCCUGUGGACCUUCAUCAAGUCUUUCCAGGCUCUGCCAUAUGUUGCCCUUCUGAUCGCCAUGCUCUUCUUCAUCUAUGCUGUCAUUGGCAUGCAGGUGUUUGGGAAGAUAGCCAUGGUGGACGGCACCCACAUCAACCGGAACAACAACUUCCAGACCUUCCCUCAGGCCGUGUUGCUGCUCUUCAGGUGUGCCACGGGCGAGGCGUGGCAGGAGAUCAUGUUGGCGUGUAUUUCGGGAAAGCUGUGUGACCCAGAGUCGGACUACAACCCUGGGGAGGAGAUGACCUGUGGCGCCAGCUUCGCCUACAUCUACUUCAUCAGCUUCUACAUGCUCUGUGCCUUCCUGAUUAUCAAUUUGUUUGUGGCGGUCAUCAUGGACAACUUUGACUACCUUACUCGCGAUUGGUCCAUCCUGGGUCCUCACCACUUGGACGAGUUCAAGAGGAUCUGGUCUGAGUACGACCCAGAGGCCAAGGGCAGGAUUAAACAUCUGGACGUGGUCACUCUGCUCCGACGCAUCCAGCCUCCCCUGGGCUUCGGCAAACUCUGCCCUCAUAGAGUGGCCUGCAAGAGACUGGUUGCCAUGAACAUGCCUCUAAACAGCGACGGCACCGUCAUGUUCAAUGCGACGCUGUUUGCGUUAGUACGCACCGCCCUGAAGAUAAAAACAGACGGUAAUCUGGAGCAGGCCAACGAGGAGCUGAGAGCCGUCAUCAAGAAGAUCUGGAAGAGGACCAGCAUGAAACUGCUGGAUCAAGUGGUGCCCCCUGCUGGUGAUGAUGAGGUAACCGUGGGGAAGUUCUAUGCCACCUUCCUGAUACAGGACUACUUUAGGAAAUUCAAGAAACGUAAAGAGGAGGGCCUGGUGGGGGUGCACGCCUCCCAGAGCAACACAGCCAUCGCUCUACAGGCUGGCCUUCGCACGCUACAUGAUAUUGGGCCCGAAAUUCGACGAGCGAUAUCAUGUGACCUGCAAGAUGAGGAGCUAGUAGACUUUAUUCCAGAGGAGGACGAGGAGAUUUAUAGGCGCAAUGGUGGCCUGUUUGGUAACCACAUCAACCAUGUGAACGGGGACCACCACCGGCGCUCGUUAGGGCAACAGACCAACACCACCCAGAGGCCCCUGCAGGUGCAGCCACCUCCUCACUAUGCCCACAUGGAGCAGCCGGUGGGGCGUCUCUGCCGGGCCAACGUCAUGUCCCACCAGCACCCCAAUCAGCACCACCACCACCACAACUCCUCAUACGGCAAGUCGCCCAAGUCCACCAACGUCAACCUGAACAAUGCCAACGUGUCCAGUCUGCCCAACGGAGGAGGACACCACCGCCGUUACUAUGAGUACACUCCGCCCCCCGCCAACGGUUACCCGGGACACUGCGGUGGCCUCUACUACACCGACUUCGACAAGCCGCCACCUAGCGGCACGCCGCAAGGACAAAGGCGCUACUAUGAGACCUAUGUUAGGUCCCACCGGGGAGACGCCUGCCUUCCCACCAUCCGGCGGGAGGAGUUUGAUGAUGACAGGUUCUCGGGAGAGUACUACAGCGGGGAGGAAUUCUACGAGGAUGACAGCAUGUUGUCAGGAGACAGGAGGUCCUAUAUGGAACACGUGGACAGGUACCAGAACAGUGACACGGAGUACGAGACGCCGAGAGGCUACCAUCACCCCAACAGUUACUACAACGACGAUGAGCAACCCCUCUACCAAGACGGAAGGAGGUCACCUAAGAGACGGAUGCUACCUGCCACGCCCCAAGGUCACAGGAGGCCCUCCUUCAACUUUGAGUGUCUGAGAAGGCAAGGCAGUCAGGACGAGCUGCCACACCAACGCACUGCUCUACCACUGCACCUAAUGCAGCACCAGGUGAUGGCUGUAGCAGGGCUGGACUCCAGCAGAGCCCACCAUCUCUCCCCCUCCCGCUCCACCCGUUCCUGGACUACUCCCCCCGCCACUCCAUCCAGUAAGGAGCAGUCGCCCUACUACACGCCCCUCAUCCGGGUGGAUCACCCCGGGCGAAGAGUGUCUGAAUCUCCUCUUCUCUUCGGGGAGAGUGCCGUCAGCAGCCAGGUGCCUCUGAGGAAGAGCUCUUGGUACACAGAUGACCCAGAGUACUCCCAGGGGAUCUAUUCCCCCGUCCACCUCCAGGUGGCCCCGGAGUACCACCAGCAGCGCAAUCAGAAGAGCGCCACCAGCUUGGUGGAGGCGGUGUUGAUAUCAGAGGGUCUCGGGAGAUACGCCAUGGAUCCAAAGUUUGUGGCCGCCACCAAGCACGAGAUAGCGGACGCGUGCGAGAUGACCAUCGACGAGAUGGAGAGCGCGGCCAGCCACUUGCUGAGCGCUGGCGUGGCGCCGGCGGUUAACGGGGUCCACGUGUACCCCGUCAUGAGCGAGCGGGACUAUGACCUCCAAGACGCCACAGCCAGUUAUAGUGAUGAGGAGCCGGAGGUGGAGCUUAGAGUGGUGUACGAGGAGGACCUGGCAGACGAGAUGAUCUGCAUCACCACUUUAUAGCAUCAGCUGGAGAAUAAACGACUAGAAGUGAACUGCUAGCUGUAUGUACUCUACUUAAUAUAGACUACAGCACCGACAGUGGAAAACCCAAUGAGAAAUGCAUCUAUUGGCUUACGACCAAAAGAAGUGCCUUUUACAUGGAAGAGAAAGGUGCCUAUGAGGAGAGAGAGAGAGAGAGAGACACACUGGCUCCGCCCACUUAUCCUGUAACUCGCCCUCUGCCAGCCAGGGCAUUCCCGUCAACGUCUGUCAAUCACAGGGCCAGGAACCAACCCUGGUGCCAGGAAACUAUGCUAGUUCCGCCCUCCCAGACCGGCACUACUGGCACAUGGUGGACCAUGCCCGUAGGUCAUAGGUUACAGUCUGGAAGUGACACAGGCUCAUCAACGAGCCAGUCGCAGAUGAGAACAUGGAGUGUCAGCGGAGGAGGUGGACCUAUUGGCAGAGGGCGUGAGGUACCGGGCCGGGUCAUUAAGGGUGUUGACAAUCAGAUGAAAGAUGUCAUUCCCUCUGUCACUUUAUUAAGGUUUUGGCAUAUCAUGCAAGUUUUCAAUGCAAGCAUAGAAAGGCAUAUCUCCCCCACCUACCCCCCCCUUCCCCCUAGCUGUUUUAGUUUAAGAUUAACCAGUUUAAGUAUGCAGGAGAUAUCAGUCACAUUUAUAGCAUCAUCAAAUCAGAAUUAUUCACUUAGUGGUUCAAACCCUGAAUGCUAAUUGGCUGACAGCAUUGGUAUAUCAGACCGUAUGCCACGGGUAUGACGAAACAUGUAUUUUUGCUGCUCUAAUUACGUUGGUAACCAGUUUAUAAUAGCAAUAAGGCACCUCAGGGUUAUGGUAUAUGGCCAAUAUACUACCACGGCUAAGGGCGGUGUCCAGGCGUUGAAUCGUGCGUAAGAACAGCCCUUAGCCGUGGUAUAUUGGAAAUAUACCACACCCCCUCGUGCCUUAUUGCUUAAAUAUACACUUCUGAGGUGACUACUAGCAUUUGGGAUAAAUGCACUAGCAGGCAGGUUGUUUUUAGUCUUAGAAUAGCCUGAGAAUUCAUAUUUCAUAGUAGAUACACUGUAAAUUAAUUGUAUUAUAUUAACAAACAGAAAAAACUUUGUAAAGAGAUGUUCUAUAUUUUGUAAUGAUGUACCAUUUCAAAAGGUCAGCAAUACACGCCGUAAUGAGUCCUAUUAUGCUACCAGGAAAGACGUUCUCUGGUGUUAUUAUAUUAUUAGGUACAAUAUUCUGAGAUUAAUUGGUCUUUUUCUUUGUUGUUGCUCAUAUGCAUCCUUGGCUUGUCUGUGAAAGUGUUUGGUUCUUGGUGUAACAACACAGCUGCACAAGAUAUGCAAAUGUUUUUUGUGUUUUUUUUACUUGUUUUAUGAGCGAGGGUAAGAACACUUUGUGCGCCCCUCCAACCACACCAGUACCACAACGUUAAGUCCCCCUUUUUACUAAGGGCAUCUUUGUUGGACUUGAAGUUAGCUAGGCUUCAAGGAGGCUACUCCACCUUAAUAAAGAUGUGAUGAUAAACAUUUGUGUUUGCAUAUGUUGUGCAGGGCAGGUGCACAGCACGGGAAGGUCAAAUGCUUUAGUGCAUUGACAAUGCUGCUUCACCCAUUUUGAGAUUCAUUCUACAACUUCAUUCAUCUCAUCUAUCCCAACUGAAAUGCCUUCUGCUGCUGAAAGAAAACGAUAUGAUCGAAGAAGUGAGAUGAACGGGAAUCUCUGUCGUUCUCAAUGCUUGUGUUGGGAUUAUUCCUCAAUAUAUGAUUCAUGUCAGUUAAUUCCACCGAACCCUUUCAAACGGAAUCAUCCUAAUCACUUGGCCUUCAUGUUGUUGUUGCUAUGUGAGGCUUGUGACAGACUGAGCCUGUGUGAGCCAGGAUAGACCGGAUUGGCAUGGUAGCUGACUGGUGAGGCACGUAAUUCAUCAGGGGUGUUCACAGGACAGAUGAGACCUUAAUGAGGCAUCAUGGUCUAGGUGGGUCCACAGUCUCUGCCAUUGUUCUCUUUUUUUCUGUUGUGUUGUCGUGUCUUAUUGGGUUUAAGCUGGAGAGAGGCUAAGCAAUACUAAACCCCACUCUUCUCGGCGUCUCUCUCUCCGGCUUCUCUCUGCAUAUACGCUAUACCACGUGGUGGUCCAGCACCAUCUGGGAAAAACAUAUCAGCCUCCCUCUCAACCAACCAGUCUCUUUCCCACAGCGAGCUUCUCCUUCCGAUGAGAAGGGAGCGUUUGUACUACGGCUCGUUUUUACCAGAAAACUCCACUCUUGUGGCUCUUGACGAAAGUUGAAAAUUGAUGGACCACAAAAUGACUUUACGCAAACAGACAAAAAUAUAGACGACAAAGGAUCAAGCUUCUUUCCCCAGGCGCUGCCCUGGAGAUUUUGAAUAAGCUCAGACGAUGGGUUGGUGAGGAGACGUGUGAUCUGUAGUUCAUGAGGGUUUGAUUUGUAGUUCACGAGUUCGCAAUGCGUUCUCAGUCAACCGAAUACUGUCGUGAAAAUGUAGGUUUUCCACUUUGCGUGCACAUUGAAAGGGCUCUUUGAAUCGUUUGUGAGUU